GACUUACUUCCGGUGUUCCUGUGGAUGCUGUUACGGCGGUUUUUCUUUCAAACAUUAGGGCACGAAGCAGAUGGAGUUUGUUUAAAGCGCAGAUUUAGUGAGAUUCAGGAGAUAGGAGCAGAGUUUAUAACGGGGCUGUGACGCGGAAUACAGUCUCUAUUACCAGGGAAGCGGUAAAUACAGCGUGUGUGGACAUGAAGCUGCUGAAACCGAGCUGGGUGUCGCACAAUGGAAAGCCCAUAUUUUCAGUCGAUAUUCAUCCAGAUGGAACAAAGUUUGCCACCGGUGGACAAGGAGAGGAUUCUGGGAAGGUGGUGAUUUGGAACAUGGCUCCAGUUCUGCGAGAGGAGGAUGAGAAAAACGAGAAUGUUCCCAAGUUACUGUGUCAGAUGGACAACCACUUGGCAUGUGUAAACUGUGUGCGAUGGUCAAAUAAUGGUCUGUAUCUGGCUUCGGGAGGAGAUGACAAACUCGUCAUGGUGUGGAAGAAAGCAGCGUUUAUAGGUCCAAGUACAGUGUUUGGUUCAAGCAGUAAACUUGCCAAUGUGGAGCAGUGGAGGUGUGUGACCAUCCUGAGGAACCAUACAGGAGAUGUAAUGGAUGUGGCCUGGUCUCCUCAUGAUGUGUGGCUCGCCUCCUGCAGUGUGGACAACACCAUCGUCAUCUGGAAUGCACGUAAAUUCCCAGAGAUGGUGACCUCUCUCUCUGCCCACUCGGGCCUGGUGAAGGGGUUGUCCUGGGAUCCUGUAGGGAAGUAUGUGGCAUCUCAGGCAGACGAUCGCAGCCUGAAGGUGUGGAGAACCAUCGAUUGGCAGCUGGAGGCUAACAUCACUAAACCAUUCAAUGAGUGUGGAGGAACCACUCAUGUUCUCCGUCUCAGCUGGUCUCCUGAUGGUCAGUACUUGGUCUCGGCUCAUGCGAUGAAUAACUCUGGGCCGACGGCGCAGAUCAUUGAGCGAGAUGGCUGGAAAACCAACAUGGACUUUGUGGGACAUCGGAAAGCUGUGACCGUAGUGAAGUUUAAUCCUAAGAUCUUUAAGAAGAAACCGAGGAACGGCGGCUCAUCCAAACCCUCUAAUCCAUACUGCUGUUGUGCUGUGGGCAGUAAAGACCGCUCGCUCUCCGUCUGGCUGACUUCUCUGAAGCGCCCUCUGGUGGUCAUUCAUGACCUGUUUGACAAAUCCAUUAUGGACAUCACCUGGACACUAAAUGGUUUAGGGUUGUUGGUGUGUUCGAUGGAUGGCACUGUGGCCUUUUUGGAUUUCUCUCAGGAUGAACUUGGAGAUCCACUCAAUGAAGAAGAGAAGAAUGCUAUUCACCAGAAGAUGUAUGGUAAGAGCUUGGCCAUCACCAUGGAAACGCAGCUCUCUUCCACCAUCAUCGAGAAUCCUGAGAUGCUAAAGUACCAGCAGGAGAACCGAACCUCCAGUGGCACACUGGGUUCCAGCACAGAGACCCCAGUCCCUAAACUGAGCAGUGUGGUGAACGGUGAAUCACUAGAGGACAUCAGGAAGAACCUGCUGAAGAAACAGGUGGAGACGAGAACCGCAGAUGGGCGGAGGAGAAUCACACCCUUGUGUAUCGCACAACUAGACACAGGGGACUUCUCCCCUGCUCUGUUUAACAGUGUACCCAUCCUGCCUGGCUCGUCGGUCACUCAGCUGUCAUCUGACUCGAACACUUCACUCAACCUGAGAGUCACACUUGACCCAUCAGCUCCGUCCCAAACUAAACCCAAUCAGGAAGCAGCAGCUUUGUCCCAAUCCAAGAGCAUCGCUGACAACAAGGACGGCUCCAACGUACUGAAGUCUCCUCUACUGCUCACUGCAGCCUCCAAGAUUGAGCCGAUGAAGGCCCUGGACUCGCGCUUCACUGAGAGGUCAAAGGUCACACCUGGAGUCAGCAGUUCACCUGCUGCUGUAAGCACUGCACCUAUAGACAGGCUUAAGGAUGGCAGCGGUGGAAGGACUGAAGGGCUAAAAGACUGGAAGGGAAGAGAGGACUCGAGCAGUGACAGUGAAGAUAAGGUGGUGCAGAAGAUGGUGCCCACUUUAACUAAACGCAGGAACGAUAUAGACGGAGGGGAAGUGGUUGAGAAACGGAAGAAGGGACGACCCAGGAAGGAUUCCAAGCUGAUGAUGAGUGUACCUCAGGUGUACACACAGGCUCCGGUCCCAGUGGAGAAGGAGAUAUCACGUGUCAUGGCUCCUGUAGCGGUUAAGCUCAAAACACCUGCAGUACAGAAAUCAUUCAGCACACAGGUGGGCUUGGACCCUGUUGUGUAUUUGGAGGUGGACAAUGAGUUGUGUGUAGUUGCUGGUUCUCGUAUCAGUCAACUCCGCUUCAGCACUAAUGGCCGAGAGUGGAACAUGGUUUUGACCAGCCGUAUUGUCAUGGCAACGGCCAGCAGUGAUGUGGUGGCCGUGGUGUGUGAAGACCGGACCCUCUCAAUAUUUUCUGCAUGUGGGCGGAGACUUGUCCCACCAAUUAUGCUCUCUGCACCAAUCACAGCUCUGCAUUGCUCUGGCCACUUUGUGAUGGCUCUGACUGCAUCAGCCACGGUGUCUGUUUGGGAUGUUCAGAAGAAGGUAGUGUUGGUCAAAAAUGAAUCUCUCAACUCUCUUUUAUCAGGUAUUGAUACAGUUGUGUUCUCCAUGUUAACGGAACACGGUGUUCCUGUAGUCGCUCUGUCUAACGGGCGCUCCUACUGCUUCAACUCUGCUAUGGAGACAUGGAAUCUGAUUGUGGAUAAACAGGACUCUCUGGUUCAGUGUGCAGAUUUCAGUAGUUGUGUAACUUCUCAUGAUGCACUGGGCUGCACCGGACCUCUCGCCACCAGUCAGGGACGGAACCUGAGUGCGGGACGGUUAGCGUCUCGUCUCUCGUCCACUCCUCAUCAUGUUCAGCAGGUGAUGACUCUGUCCUUCCUAGAGAAUCAGCUGUCCUCUGCUUUAAUUCUCCACUCCACUAACGAGUACAGACACUGGCUGCUCAUCUACACCCGCUUCCUUGUAAACGAGGGUUAUGAGCAGCGGUUGAGGGAACUUUGUAAGGAUUUAUUGGGGCCGGUUCAUAAAUCCAGCAGCAGUUCUUGGGAGUCCACAGUGCUGGGUUUGAGGAAGAGAGACCUGCUGAUGGACGUACUGCCUGUAGUAGGACAGAAUCUACGAUUCCAGCGUCUAUUCACUGAGUAUCAGGACCAACUGGAUCUGCUCCGCCCCAAAUAGCACUGUACCUGCUGCUGACCUACUUAAUCUUAACCCCACCCAAUGUGCAUUGUCCCGCCUCCCAAAUUAGUGAAGUGUGAAGAGAUGAACUCUUUAGGAAUAUAAGAGCUGUCUCCCCCACUCUGUCUCUCUUUCUGUCUUUCUCUGUACCCUAAUUGUAGCCUGAAUUAGGAAAGUGUGGAGUGAGACAGAGGGUGAAACAGUGUUUGUGUACAGGACUGAUGAUGGACAGCUUGAAGCUCCGCCUUCAGUCAGCUUUUGUAUUGUACAUGUACAUUGUAAACACUUUUUUCCAUUGUCUUUUUCUAUGAAAUGAAUAACCAGACCGAAAGUAAUUUAGAAAAAAAUAAACAGGUGAUUAAUUCUA